GUGCUUACUGAGGAUCGGAAUUGCGGAAGUGGUGGUUAGGGUGUACCGGAGAAGCUGUUGGACGCGCUAUCCUACCGUUGCCUUGUCAGGUCUAUCGUCAGAGCUUCGGUAUCUGUCUAACCUCCACUGCGCUUUCAGUUCCGCUUCCAUCUUGACCUUCCCCAUCUUCCUCCACCAUAUACGAUAGACACUGGUAUCUCUCCCGCCUCGAUAUACCCAACCGAUAGUUUAUUAAAUCUCACUCUCAAAUCCACCACAAUGUCUCUCCGCAUCGCCCCAGCCACAAACCACCGCAGCCAAACAACCAACACAACCACCCGUCAAAACAUCCCCAUCUCCCUCCCCCACCCCUCAAAAGGCGCCCCCUCAGCCCCCGGUCUUCCCGACACCCUCCGCGACAACAUCACCCUCCCCGCCUCCCGGGGCCCUCCCUCCUCUCAAUCCGAAAUCCCCGCCUCCGCACACCCUCUCGAAGCCCGUCUGAUUGCCUGGCGCCAAACGCAGGAUGCAAUGAAGAUGGAGUCCCUGCGUCGAGCAUACGGUAUCGCGGAGCCCAUCCGUCGCGGCAUGGAACUGAAGCUCGUGCGGGAUGGAACAUUCCGGCCGGCUGUGCUGGGCGGUGCAAAGGCCGGCAAUGUUCAUGAGGAUAUUCUUGUGCUCGGUGGACGGGAUACGGAAGUCGGGUGGGAGGAUGUGUUUAAAGGAGACGAGUUCAGAGAACCACCCACUUUCCACGACGAGAUGGAGAAGAGGCUGCGGAUGGAUUUCUAAGCUACGUUUCGAUUGCCGGCUUCUGGUUUCCGUUUAUGCUUCGUUGGUCUCGUUUAUUUAAUUCAUCAUAUGGGUCGUUAUGAU